CUCUUUUUCGCUAACUGCAAGCAUGCCUCCCAAAAAAGCCGACCCGAAAGGAAAAGGAAAAGCCGCCCCAGCUAAGAAGAAGGAAGGAUCCUCUGGUGGAAAGGCUAAGAAGAAGAAGUGGUCGAAGGGAAAAGUCCGUGACAAACUCGAUAACUUGGUUCUCUUUGACAAGGGAACGUACGACAAACUGUACAAAGAAGUACCGAGCUAUAAAUUGAUAACCCCCUCGGUUGUUUCCGAACGUUUAAAGAUUCGUGGAUCCUUGGCCAGAAUGGCCCUCCGGGAGUUGCAUGAAAAAGGUGUUAUCAAAGUUGUUUCGAGACACCAUAGGCAGCAAAUCUACACCAGACCAUCUAAGGCCCAAGAAAGUUAAAUUAACAGAUAAAUUUUUUGAGAAUACAGUUUGGUGAAUGAAUACUUCU